AUUUGACCUGGCAAGUAUAGAUCUAGUUCAUGCAACCGAUAAAUAAAAUGAAAGCUGAAAAUUAAGUAAAUCUAUUAUAAUUCUAGUUAAAAAUCGAGUCUGGUAAAUACUAGACUAGAGAAUCUAGAUCUAGAAAGAGUCUUCUCAGCAUUCUAGAUCAAAGGACUUAAAAAAUAUAUCGGUAAUUUAUUUAAAAGACUGACAAAAUAAAAAAAGGCAGCACAGACUGUCACAAUGGAUCCAGCACUUUUGAAAGAACGAGAAGCCUUUCUUAAGCGAGCAAAGGCAACCCCAGCAGUUGAGAAGAGAAAAUCAAAGUCUGGAAAUGAUGGCAACGAUAAGAAAGCAAAGAAGGCAAAAAUCAAGCCUCCAACACCAAAACCUGUCAAUACAGUUGAUUACAAGCUAUCACAAGGCAGCUCACAGUACAAGUUUGGUGUUUUAGCCAAGAUUGUCAAGUACAUGAAGUCACGCCACCAGACAGGCAUCAAUGACCCCCUGUUGCUAGAGGAAAUUUUAGAUGAGACCAACCAGCUGGACAUCACAAGCAAGAUGAAACAUUGGCUGCUCACAGAGUCUUUAGUGAAUAAUCCAAAAAUUGUGGUGGUGAAAGAAGACGGUGUCAGCAAAUUUUGCUUCAAGCCAAAGUUUGAUGUCCACGACAAGAAGAGUCUGGUCAAGCUACUCAGGUCACAUGACCUGCAUGGGAGGGGAGGAAUUUUGAUCGAUGAUAUCGAGGAGAGUUUACCCAACAUGCAGAAAGUGUUAAAGACCAUAUCAGACUACAUUAUCUACGUCAAACAGCCUCAGAACAAGAAAGAAGUUUUAUUCUACAAUGACCGCUACUGUAGGUUUUCUGUGGAUGAAGAGUUCCAGAAACUUUGGCGGAGUGUUCCAGUGGAGGGUCUGGACGACCAGAAGAUUGAGGAGUAUCUCAACAAGCAGGGAAUCACAUCCAUGGAGGCUUCAGGCUACAAGAAAGUGUCUGCCCUACCACGAAGGAAGAAAGGCAAACAGAAGCCCCGCAGCUUCAAGAAACACAACGACCAUCUGGAGGGGGUGCUACAAGACUACACAGAAAAUCCGCCUGGCAAAUAGUUUGUCUGCUCUGUCCUUCUCUGUGUUAACAGUUACUGCUAGCAUGACCCUGUGGGCAACCUUGGCCUCAUGAACCCAAGUUCAAGGUCAGCUGUGUCUGGCAAGCAAGUAAUCAUGAAGAUGACAAUUUUCUCAGAGGCCGUUCAGUUUGUAUUAUAAGUUAAAUAAAAAUAUUUUGUAAAUA